GAAAAGUAACAAGUCACCCCAUUCGAAGAAUCUCCAGUACCUGAUGAGAAAAUGACGAAAUUAUCUAUAAAAGAAAAGCCUUUAACAUAAGCAACUUCUCUGCAACAAAUUAUUUACAAACACAUAAUCAGAGAGACAUAUGCAUGCAGGCAUAUAUUAAUAUAUACUGCAUCAUCUCUAUAGAAUAUAAACUAGCAUCCUGCCUCCAUUUGAUACAGAUACAGAGAGGAAAGACAUGCACAAAGACGACGAAUCGGGUUCAAGUUCGGGUUCGAAUCCGGGUCACGGGUCGAACUACUUGAUUGUUCGGCCUCACCGAGGUGGGUACAGGGACUUGCUUCGGUACGGUGUGAGAGGAGACGAAACGAGCAAAGAAAAGUUCCUGGAAUGGCCUGAUGAGUACAGGAGCAGGAGCACGAUGGAGAUUGACGAGGAAGCGAAAGAUCACCGUUGGGUAAUCGUGGUUUCGAUUCUGGUCCGCAAGAUCAUCGGACUUCUCCGAACGCCUAUGGAAUACACAGGGUUCUUCGUUGACUUUUUCCUCAAUCUCUGGUCUGCGAAUGGUGGCUUCUUCGGCUUGCUUCUCGGGUUGGUUCAAGCGAAAAUUGUGAUACCAGAGAGAGGCUCUGUGGCGUUUAUAAGUACAAUUGGGCAUCUUGAUGGGCGAAUUGAUCUGUACAAGGGUUGGAAUUUCGUCGACCAGUUGGUGAGCAUAGACUCGGUUCAUUCCGGUUCUUCUGGGAGGGCUAGACUCGAACCGGGAAGUCGUGGGCUUAUGGAUUUGUGUGUGAUGGCGUCGAAGCUUGCGUAUGAGAACGCCAAGGUUGUUGAAAACGUCAUGAAUCUGGUGGAGUUCUUGGAUUGUUGGAAUGAAUAUCAGAAGCAGUUGUCUACACAAGUAUUUAUACUUACGGAUAAGCAGAAAGAUGCAAACUUGAUACUAAUAAGCUUCAGAGGCACUGAGCCGUUUGAUGCAGAUGAUUGGGGAACCGAUUUCGACUAUUCUUGGUACGAAAUCCCAAAUGUGGGAAAGCUUCACAUGGGUUUCAUCGAAGCCAUUGGUUUAGGUACCAGAGACGACACUCCCACUUUCAAUUACCAUCUUUUAGACCAAGACUCCUCCGAGGAAGCGAUCCAUGAGAAGAAUCUCCCGGAGAUGGGAAAGAGAAGCGCCUAUUACGCUGUUCACAAAACUCUGAAACGUUUGCUUUCGGAACACGAAAACGCCCAGUUUGUAGUCACAGGUCACAGCUUAGGAGGUGCUUUAGCGGUACUGUUCCCGACAUUGCUGGUGUUGAAAGAGGAGACAGAGAUGAUGAAGAGGCUCCUUGGAGUUUACACGUUUGGACAACCGAGGAUCGGAAACAGAGAGAUCGGUAACUUCAUGAAAGAUCAACUGAAUCACCCUGUGGACCGGUACUUUCGAGUUGUAUACUGCAACGAUCUUGUCCCGAGAUUGCCUUACGACGACAAAACUUUCCUCUAUAAGCAUUUCGGACUCUGUCUUUACUACGACAGCUUCUACAACGAGACGAAAGUAGAGGAUGAGCCGGAUCCGAACCCUUACGGUCUGCGUUAUGAGAUUCUUGGUCAUGUAAACGCGGUUUGGGAGUUGGUUAGAGGCUUGACAAUGGGAUACAUUCAUGGACCAGAUUACAAAGAAGGAUGGUUUAGGAUCUUGUUUAGGCUCAUGGGGCUGUUGAUUCCAGGUCUGUCGGAUCAUUGCCCGACUGAUUACGUUAACUCGGUUAGGCUUGGACCGGAUUAUGACCUUCAGAUGUCCCCUCUUUGAAGAGUGUGCUCUGUUUUUGAAUCAGAACUUGGUUCUUGAAAUAAAAUCCGGAACUCAGUUAGUUUGUAAAAUGAAAUAAGCUGAGUAUACGGUUUGUUUUGUUUUUUGAGCUUGAUGAGCCAAUAAAAGAAGUUAAAUUUCCAAAACUAAAGUUUUAUUCUCCUUAUUAUAUUGUUAUUAUCUUUGCAUUGGGUACAGGUACAACCAGAGGCAAACAUCAAACAAGAAGGCGAUCUUAGAUCAUAGAUGAAACCAAAGAGACUACUUUGGCCAAAACGAAACUAAACCCAAAUCUUCCCAAAGAUUUCAAACUGUGAAACUCCUUUUCUUGCAUAAAAUCGUCCAUGGCAUCUCUCUGUCUGUUCAAAAAACAGUAAAAACUUCCGCCAGCACGAUCAGCGGAUAAACUCUCUCUUUCGUUUGAUGCAAAUUAAACCCAUGAAAACAAAAAAAAACCAAAAGACUGAUUCUUUAGGUUAAAAAAGAAGACAAGAUUUUGCAGGGUUUUGCACCAAUCGAAGCGAGAGAGUCAAAAUGAAGAGGGAUCAAGCCAUGCAGCCAUCAACACGAAACGGAGAGCUUCAACAUCAAUGGAGCUUCAAGAAGAAGAAACAUGGGGAGGAGAGGGAUAUCAUAUAUAUACAUAUAUAUAGUUAUAUGUAGAGGUUAACUUGGAGGAAGAACUCAAAGGGCUCUCUUUAUUCAUCGCCAUGGAUAUACCAGCAGCAAAGCAUGGUGGCGCAACGGCGGAGAAUGUAGAGACGAGCUCGUUGUUCCUUGACCAAGGAAACACAUUUGCUUGUGAAGGCAUGACCUUUGUUGAACUUUCUCUUGAAUUCUGCCAUUAUAUUAGUGAUCAAAGAUUUAGACUUUGUUUUUGGUUUAAGGUUGAGAUCACUUUGGGUGUCCAAAGAAAAAGAGAAAAAAAAAACCUUUUGUGGGUGAUGGAAGAGAGUGCAAA